AUGCAUCUCUUAUUGUUGUUCGUUCUUAUCGUUGAAUGUUCGAGCUGGGGUAAUAUAAAUGUGUCUGUUGACCAAAAAGGAGGAUAUAAAAUAAGCAUCGGUGAUCGUGUCUGGCUUCGUUCAGCUCGUACUGCCAUCUAUGUAGAUAAUAAAUGGUAUUCAUCCGAUGAUGGUUCCUUACCGUUGAUUAAUGUAACAUCUGGCAGUGGCUUCGAUCCGCAAUUAGGUGACUAUCGAGAUUUUCAAUUGAAUUACGAUCUUGCUCGUGGUGGAAUACAUACGAUAAUCGUUGGCCAUAUUCGUGAUUGGUAUUCUAUUUCAGGAAUUUCAUUUUAUUUGGAUACCGGUGAUCAGAUUUUGACAAAUACUGUACCUCUUGGUAUGAAUGAUGUUCGUACGGUUUUUCCAUCGUUUCAUAUCGAACAGAUUGAUGAUGGAGAUCAACGAGGAUAUUUCACAUUUGAAGGCGAAAUGGCUGGUGAUGACAAGAAACAUGCUGGUCGAUGGAUUCCAUCGAAUCAGAUUGUUGAGGCAGGAAUUGAAUCGGGUCCAAUUGUUGUUUUUAAUCUAACUCAACAAGGCGAAGGUGAUAUGUUGGUUCUCUCGCCAUUUUCGCAAUUUAUGAGUAGUUCAUUUGUUCAAACGAAUACCAGCACAUUGGAAUAUGGUGUUCUGGGUUCAAUACUAUCGAUUCCUUCCAACUAUAAUCAUUCAAUGAUGGUUUUUUACUCACCGAAUGGCAUCAAUUUAGGUGUCAGAGAAUGGGGUCAAUUGAUGCAAAAAGAAUAUAAUCGAACACAGAAAUAUCGUUCCGCUGAUUUAACAAUCAAUUAUCUUGGAUAUUACACCGACAAUGGUGGCUAUUAUUAUUAUAAUACAGAAAAAGGAGUAAAUUAUGAAGAAACCAUGGUGGAUAUUCGUCAACGACUUGCACUCCCAAUUCAUUAUUUACAACUUGAUUCUUGGUGGUAUUUUAAAGGUGCUGGCGACGGCGUUUCGAAAUGGAUAGCACGCCCGGAUAUAUUUCCUGAUGGCCUUGUUAAUCUACAUCGUCGAUUAGAAAAUAUUCCAUUAGCAGCACAUAAUCGUUAUUGGUCGUAUGAUACGGAUUAUAAAUACAAUUAUUCGUUUGCCCUCGAUGAAAACAAUCAGAAGGCAUUGCCGAUUGGAAACGAUUCAUUCUGGGCGGAUUUAUUAACUCAAGCUCAUGAUUGGGGACUUGUUCUCUAUGAACAAGAUUGGCUUGAUCGUCAAACAAUGCAGUUUUCACCUCUACUUACUGACAUCCAUCUUGGCCAGCAAUGGCUGUCAUCGAUGGGCAGAGCAGCCGAUCAAACAGGUAUCAAUAUACAAUACUGUAUGAGUUUACCACGUCAUAUACUUAGUGCUCUACCAAUUUCACGUGUUACUCAAGCACGCGCGUCAACGGACUAUGCAGUUCAUCUUGAAGGUAAAGCACAACAAUGGGCGAUAGGAAUAUCCAGCAUGUUCCUGGAUGCCAUUGGUAUAGCACCCUUUAAAGAUGUGUUUUGGUCAACGUCUGUUCAACCAGAUGCUCCUUACAAAUCAAAUCCAAAGGAAGUUCUGCCUGAACGAGAAGCACUUAUCGCGACUCUAUCUACAGGACCUGUUACUCCAGGCGAUGCAAUCAAUUAUACAAACAAAGACGUUAUCAUGAGAUGUUGCCGACCAGACGGUUUGAUUUUUAAACCAGAUCGACCAUUAACAAUGAUUAAUAGAUUAAUAUCUGAUUGGGCUCUUUAUAAUGGUACUUCUCAAGGCGAACUUUAUUCGACUGAAACGCAUCUGAUAUACCAAAAACCAGUCACAUUUUAUACUCUCUUUGCCUCAGCGAUGAAAAGAGAUUAUCAAAUUUUUCCUUCGAUGAUUGGCGCUCAAGCCGGAGUUAUUUGGUCAUAUGAUAAUCCGACUGAGGUGUUGACCUUUGAUAAUGAGCAUCCUUUGAACGUAUUAGCAAGCAAAUGCCAUGAUUUAUCGAUAUGCCGUUGGGGUGUAUCACCUCUUGUUCAGUUUGCUGAUAAAACACAAUAUGCUUUUCUUGGCGAAUGGAACAAAUGGACACCUGUUAGUUCUCAACGAGUUGGCUAUAUAACUAAUAUGAUCGGAAUUAACUUAGCAGAAAUAGGUCUCCAAGGUUUACUCAACGAAAGGUCUCCAUUUCUCGUCUACCAUUCCACUUUGGGAGUGGUGAAUGUCACUUGUCCAUUUGGACCGGAUGCAGGCGAAGCUCAAAUCGUUAUUGACUCAACAAGAGUUAUCUGCGUUUUCUAA